UUCCAGAUUACUUCAUCGGUUUAAUAGAUCGAUUAAUAAGAGAGAUUAAAUAAUUUACGAACAGUUUGUCCGGCAAUGACAGAAACGGGAAAAUUUUCUAGGGUAAUUUCACGAGUGGUCGAAGGAGCGGACAUAGAAAGUGAAACUUUAAUCGCAUGAUCACCCUCUCGUUCGAUAACUCAACGCGAAGCGAUUGUUAGGCGCGAAUGAGCGGAUUGCGUGCCCCGAGUUGCUUAAGCUGACAACCAACCCCUUCGUUCACCGAGAUAUUGUGCUCUCAGAGACAGUUAGGGUUGCUUUGAAAACCGGUGAAGGUAGCCAUUCGGUCACCAUGCAAUUUCUUUCUCGCUCGCCACCUUUUUCCUCGGAGAAACGCACGCUUUAAUAACGCAUUUAUCGUAGCAACACCCGAAGAAAUAUAUCGUCGGCGAACGUGACAGUAAUUAAAAUUAACCCUCGCACGAAUCCAACUUUGCUACAACGACACUUCCACAAAGAUGAUUUUGUUUCAGCUUAUUUUUUGUGCCGCCCCGAUCUUAAUGGAUCUACGAGAGGAUGUGAAACCAGUUCGAAACAAAGUUACGUCACGUAAGCACGAUUUCGAAUUAGCGUAAUUAUUUGAGGCGAUAAGGGGAGAAAGAAACGACAGGGUGUUAGAUAUAAUUGGCGAAGGGAAGUAUGGUUGAUGGUUUAUGUUUGCGGCUUUGGUGAUAACGAGCAAGUUUCUUGCGGCGUGUAACAAGUUUGCAGCUAUUUCCAACGGAGAAAAAUGAUCCGCAAUUUCGUGCGAUUUGCAGUUUAAAUUAUCGAAUGAGCCCAGCCAGCAAAAUUGUCGACGAGUGAUUCACACCGUUCAAAGGUAAUUCGGGAAAUUCAUGAGCAAUUUUUCCCGACGAAUUUCUCGUUUCGAAGCAUUUACAAAGACACUGAAAGGUCGUGGAGUAAUCAGCUCGCUGCAAAAGCGGUCCAUCGAUACCGACACGAGCGUCGUCUGCUUGCGAUGAAUGGAACCAGCCCUCGCUUUGAUCUACGUAAUUAAACAGUACAAUUUCCCGCACAAUGCCACAUACACAUCGAUUCCCCUGUAUCUACACACUGGAUUGCUCUUCGCGAAUCCUUCGAACAUUUAUGCCUCAGCCAUAGUUUUGUUUCGCGCAAGAAACAAACAAAUCUUAUUUUCUCAAUAUUUUAUUAUUUAUUUUAGUAAUUAUUGCAGUGCUCUAAGUUUCUAUAAAUUUACAUUCAUAAUUACGUUGAAGAAAAUAUCGAAAAGAUAGCUAAAAUGGGAAAAUAGAAUGAGACUAUUACUACGUCGUCGACGCAAAGGAAACAACGUGCAACUCAUCGACAGUUUAUCGAUCGUUAACGUAAUUCUAUUCUGUGCAAAUGACUAUCGUUCAACCGGGCUGCCUAUGAAUUUUCAUCGAGAGACAAGGACGCGAGUUCCGCUGACGAAAAUUCGUGAUAUCAGUCGAUUCUCAGUUCUGAUUCGAUUCGCAUCAAACACUAUCGUUUCUAUCUAGUUCGACUUAGAUUCGAGGACACUGGUGAGUUUCAGCGAUACUUUACUAAACUAAAUUUUGAUUUUCUUUAAAUUUUUGUGUCUUUUGUUCUUUGAUCAUACAUUUAUAGCGUUUACAACAAUGUUAUAAAUGUAUGACGAAUUUCGUACAUGCACAGAAUGGGUAGAAUAGUUCGAAACGAUGUGUAUAAUUUGGAUAAAUGUUUCGUUACAACUGCAAAUCGCAUCGACGGGUAAAAGCAAUAAAAAAAAUAGCGCGGAGAAGAAGAAACAUAGUCGGGAAAGCAACUUUCACGCGAAGCAAAGAGGAGGGAAACAGGGACUGUGAUUCGAGGCAGUAUUUCUUCGCCUCGUGAUCGAAAGUACGUUUCAGAAUUGUAUAUUCAAUCGGUAGUUUUCCCUUUCGAGCGCAAUGUCACGAGAUCGAGUACGCGGUAGAUCUCGUUCGAGGUCGACGUUCACGAAAUUUCCUGCGAUCGAUCGUCUUUGAUUCGCUUGGAACAUUUUAAAGUGUAAUUCUUAUCGCUGCGAAUCGUAUCUCAAAUUCGAAAGUGCUACUUCGCUUUCUACGAUAAUCAAAUUCCUUCUGUAGAAAUUAAAACGGUGUUCUAAAAAGACUACAAGAAUGACUUUGGAAAGUGUGAAAAUGAAAUCCAUCGUUAAAACUGAUACUAAAUAAAAAUUCUAUAGAAACAAUGCGCGAACAGAAGUGUUAUUUUCACGUUCCAGAUUGAGAAUCGUAAGAAACUAAAAGGAAAAUGUCGAAAGUGUACACAGCGGAAGAGGUGUCCAAACACAACAACGAGAAGGAUCUAUGGAUCGUGUACAAAGAUGGCGUGUACGAUAUAACGAAAUUCGUGAAGGAACAUCCAGGCGGCGAGGAGGUGUUAAUCAAUUUGGCUGGAAAGGAUGCUACAACUUGUUUCGACGAGAUAGGACACACGGUCGAGGCUAUACAACUUCGGGAGACAUAUAAAAUUGGAACAGUGUCCGGUCCCCUGACUAGUACACCAGUUUCCGGUGGAGUGCAAGACACAACGAUAGACGACGACAACUGGGAAUACGAGCCACCGAAGCAGGAAACAUCGCCCUGGCUUCCGGUGUUCAUAGCAGCUGGUGUAGCCAUAUACUCGUACAUAUUUUACUAUUUUUUGUUGUCGUAAGUUAGUCUAAAUGUAAUCGGUUAAUAGAAUAAAACGUUUAUUUAUUUCGAGAAGGUAGAUUUUACCUACGAGAAGUAUUUUGAGCUACUGUAUAUCUGAUUAAUAUUUACUCCCACUCCGUCACUGGAAAUAUUAGCAACAUUCGAUGCAACGUGAUAUGUGUAUACUUCAUUUGUUGCGAAGAUGUCAUAUCGGUACGCGUAUAAUUAUGUAGAAAAUUGUGGACAUAGAAAUAUACAACGGGAAAUAUGUUCCUUGUCAUCGUGACUGGCACUUUUCAACGAGUUUCGCUCCACAUUUCUCGUGAAUCUGUUUUGCAGCAUGUUAUCUACGAUACAGAAUUUCAUCAAGACAAACAUGAUGCAUCCUACACGCAAGAAUUGUUGAUUACGAAACAAUCUUGUGAACAAUCUGUAAGCAUGUACAGUGCAAUUCGCGUAUCACUAUCUAAUUCGGUGUACGUAACAAGAUUUGGGAAUUUAAGGAUUUGAGAAUUUGAGAGAAUCCUUAAAAUUCUUUAAAAAUAGUAAAA